UAAGCGUUGGGUCAGCCAUAUUCACGGUCGCUCAACUGGUACAAUUAUAAUUUCCAGUUGCACUUUAAUGCGUCUAAAGUCAGAAAUUCCCGCCAAUUGCGCGAGCUAAUUAAUUAUCAAAGAGAAGUUGCUAUUUAACUUAAACAGCAUUUUUUGGCCACUUGCUUUGUAUUUGUGUCGUUUGCUAGUUAAUAUAAUCAAAUAAGUUAAUUUGUUAAUUUGAAUGUUUUACUGAACAGUUGUUGAUCUUGAGAGCUGUUGAAAGAGCAGAGGAGAGCUAAUAAGCUAGCUAGCUGUUAACUUGCCCUCGACUAAAGAUCAUAACUUUAGUGUACUGACAGUAAGUUAACUUAUCUAAAUCCAGCAAAAUACAUUUUAUCUGCAACAUUUAAUCCAUAAAACAUUCAGAAUGAAAGUUGUAGAGGACCAGGUUGUUGAAGAUGAUGCUACUUUUCAGGAUGAUGAGGAGUCCUUUUUCCAAGACAUUGACCUCCUACAGAAACAUGGGAUUAACAUGGCCGACAUCAAAAAGCUGAAGUCAGUGGGUAUCUGCACUGUGAAAGGCAUCCAGAUGACCACUCGCAAGGCUUUGUGCAACAUCAAGGGCCUGUCAGAAGCAAAAGUGGAAAAAAUCAAGGAGGCUGCUGGGAAAAUGCUGAAUGCUGGUUUCCAGACCGCCUUCGAGUACAGUGCGAAGAGGAAGCAGGUGUUCCACAUCACAACCGGGAGCCAAGAGUUCGAUAAGCUGUUGGGUGGAGGAAUAGAGAGUAUGGCUAUCACAGAGGCCUUUGGAGAGUUCCGCACAGGGAAAACUCAGCUCUCCCACACACUUUGUGUCACUGCUCAGCUGCCGGGGGAGGAUGGCUACUCGGGCGGGAAGAUCAUCUUCAUCGACACAGAGAACACCUUUCGCCCAGACAGACUGAGAGACAUAGCUGACAGGUUUAAUGUGGAUCAUGACGCUGUGCUGGACAACGUGCUUUAUGCCCGGGCCUACACCAGUGAACACCAGAUGGAGCUGUUGGACUUUGUAGCAGCCAAAUUCCACGAGGAGGGAGGAGUCUUCAAGCUGUUGAUCAUUGACUCCAUCAUGGCUUUGUUCCGAGUAGACUUCUCUGGUCGAGGAGAGUUGGCUGAGCGGCAGCAGAAACUGGCUCAGAUGCUCUCCAGGCUGCAGAAGAUCUCUGAAGAGUACAAUGUAGCUGUGUUCGUUACCAACCAAAUGACAGCUGAUCCCGGUGCAGGAAUGACGUUUCAAGCUGAUCCCAAGAAGCCGAUUGGUGGACACAUCCUGGCCCACGCCUCCACCACGAGGUUAAGCUUGAGGAAGGGACGUGGAGAGAUGAGAAUCGCCAAGAUAUUUGACAGUCCUGAUAUGCCUGAGAAUGAGGCCACUUUUGCCAUCACUGCUGGAGGAGUCGCCGACGCCAAAGAGUGAGGGACAAAAGGCAGACAUAUGCAUAUUAGCACAGUUACCUAUUUUCAUUUCAUUCAAAGUUAUUUAAAGUAUUUAAACCUAUUUAUUUAUUCAGUUUUAUAACUUUGUAUAACUCUCUUAAGGGCAAUCUUAUACCAUGUUGCUUUUUAUGUAUUUAUUCUAAGAUAAGAUGUACCUUUAUUGAUCCCCUUUAGGAGAAAUGUAAUUGUAUUUAUGUGCUUUGUGGUAUUUUUUUAGUGUUAAUGAGUUAACAAUAAAAAAUGGACAACAGA